GAAGCGAUUCUGUUGGAAGAGACAUUCUCGUGAGACAACUCUUAAACAGCAUGGCGGGAGUUAAACCUACAGUUGACAGCUCCAGCAAUCGCAUUUUAUGGCAAUUCAUCACUGGUGCAGGCCUAUUGCGUCCAAAGGAAUUGAUUUACCAAGAACUGAACAAAAACAAAGGACGACUGGUUAAUGGACUUCUGUAUUAUAAGCCAGCAAGUGGAAAUCCUGGUGAUGCACUUAAAAAAGAGAGAAAUCUCUCAGGCCUGCAGCUGGAAUUUACUCUAAAGUUAUCUCAGUUUCUGGGCUUGGAUGAAGUGCUUUCUCAUGAUCUGUUUUGUGCCUUUUUGAUCAAUGAUUACCGUGGAUCUAAGAAAACCUUGAAGCAUGUUUUGAGUCAUGAGAGACACUCCCAGGCACUCAUCUUGAAAAUCAGAGAUUUUUUCUUCACAGAACGACUUUAUCUGUUGCGAUGUCUGCACUAUAUUUGUGUUUAUGUAGAAACAGAUCAUCCGUACAAGGAUGCGUAUGCUGACUUCUUAAGCAGUGUUCAGAGCGACACAGAAAAAUUACAAAACAAGAUACUGAAGCAGCUAGAUGCUAUUUGCAACCAGCAGCCACCUUCAGUGGAGAAGAAUGGUGUCAUGAUGACUGAAGUCAGUGUGUUAGCAUGGAUCAUGCAGAAUCUCAAAGAACAGUGUGAGCUUCUGGAGCUGCUGUUUCUGCUUAACAAGGUUUAUGAAAUGGAAGCCAAGACUCUCUGUACAUUCCUGGAGCUGUUCAAGAAACAAGGAUUUGGAAUGCGACAGACCUACAAACAUCUGGUUGAUGAAUCUACAGUCAAGUAUUUGAAGAGAAUAAGCUACCUGGAGAUGCUGGUUGUGUUGGAAGCAAUGGAUGUGGAGAAUGCCAUGUUCUGUUGGACCAACAAUAACUAUGACGAUCACGUUAUUUUGAGAAGCAGUAAAGAUUUCCAGGAUGUUAACAAUGAGGUGAGCAAACUGGGAUCAGAUCCUGUCCACAGCCCCAUCCUGCUGGGCUGGACUAUGGUACGCCACUUGUACACUGACCGAGACCCUGAAAAGAAGGAUGCUGCUGAAAUCCACAAAAUGGGAAAUGUUGCCUUGAAACUUGGCGUGUUCAGAGUGCUACUCGAUGUUCUUAACACAGAAUCAUUCAGUAAUGACACUUAUCUGGCAGCAUUGGUGCAGUGCCAGGUGUAUAGACUCCUGAAUGCUGUGCUAUCUGUAUUUCAUGAGGACACCUUAGGAAACUCUGUGCUUCUUUAUGAGGUUUGCAGUAAACUGCUUCGCCAGCCAUCUGUAGCAGAAGAAGUGUGGCAGAAGGAUAGUGCUCUGUGGCUGCUGUAUGAGUCGACCAUAUCUUACUUUCCAUUUGAAUUCACUCGUUUCAUUAAAAUGAGUGUAGAUCUUGCAUCUGCCAGUUCCUUCAGCGCAGGAAAGGUCAGAGAUCUUCUGCAGGACUUAAGCAUGUACACUGAGUAUCUAGACAACAUCCAAGAGAAGGAUCUGACAGUCACCCAUGAGCCCAAUGUUUUCAUGCUAAAUGUGGAUAGAAAACCCUAUGCUGCUGGUGAUCUGACAAUCUACAGGGGACAGAGAGGACAAGUUCUUGAUCAAUCAGCUGUCUCGCAACGCCUGGCAGCCAGCUUGACAGGGCCGCUAAUACGAUGGGAAACAAACUACAAUGGGUGGAUGCUGUUAAUAUGUGAGGUUCAAGAACUUCUGCGGCAGAUCACACUAGGAGCGGGCAUGGUAGAACCUGCUCAAGUGGAAAGAGUCACCCUGAUAAUGGAGCUCAUACAGGAAGUUGUUAAGGUGGAUGCUGAUACAGCAGAAGACUUCACAAUCUUCCUCAGUUUAUGUUUCCAGGUUGUUCACAGAUUCUCCAUGCUAAAACCCACACCCCUUGACUUGCUUGGCAAAACUAUGGGCUGCUUGAUGUCUGCUGCACGUUACAAGCCCAAAGAGGUGUGGCACCAAAUGAAACAGACUGGUCUCUUACCGUACCUGACGGAAAAUGUAGAUGACAUUGGAGAGGUGCUCACUGGUAGAGGGCUACAUCCAGGGAUACUGGGCUCCAUCAUGGCUGGAACAGAAUGCCCACAAGGCCGCUACCCUCUCACUCUGACUGUUCUCACCCUUGCUCUGGAGCUUGUACAGUCAUUUUCCAAAGAGGGGUUAGAGGAAGAACUACAACCAUGUGUUCUGUAUAUCUUAAGAGAUAUUUUUCCUCAGUUCCGUAAAUGGCGCUACUCUGACCUGGUACAGCGGAAAAAGAUUGGCCAGCAGUGUUUGACUCUGUUCAACAAGAUUCUCAACUUGUCAGCCCAGCAGAAUAAGACCAAGAAAGUGAAGACUAUGGCUUCAAGACCUACUUUGCAUGAGGUGUGUGUCUAUAGUCUACUGUUCACAGAAGCAGGCAAAGCAUUGAUGGAGAUUGUGGCUACAGGUGUAGACAAUGUUGAGGCAGCCCUUGUGCAGCAGGGAAGUGUUACAGAGGGUAGCGGUAUUGAUCUGAUUGAGCUUAUCCAGCUGUCUCUCUCCUUGCUGAACCAACUCCUGCUCCUGCGACCUCCAGACCUACCUCUCUCACCUGUUGAGCAGGCUCUCUUCUGGCAGCCAGCUGGGCGUCAAAGCCAGCAUGUGGUGGCAACAGUGGCCCAGUACAUUUACCACAGACACAACCCUAAGCUACCGAUAAUGGCAACCCGCCUGCUCCGGCAUCUUGCAGUGAUGUCACCCAUGUCGAUUUUGGCAUGCCUAGGCAAUGAUGCUGAGCCAAUACGUGAUAUGUACCUGACCCGCUUGCAAGCAGUGUCUGAGGAUUUACGACUGAAAGUAGCCAUCCUUGAGUUGCUUUCUGUCUGUGUUGAGACACAGCCGGGCCUUAUUGAAAUAUUUUUUGACGUCCAGGGUCAAUCUACAGAUUCAGGAGAAGGCAAGAAGGAUCUGAAGCUAGGACGAAGCAGUUGUUUGCAGACAUUACUGACUUUGAUGGAGGUCAACAAACAGAACACCUAUAUGUGCCAUCCUGAACUUCUGUGUGCUUGCCUUGACCUUGUUCACUCUUUGUGGCAUGGCAGGCGAGAGACUGCCAUGGAGGUUUUACGAGCAAAGCAGUCAUUUUGGGCCAGUGUCACAGCUCCUUUGAAGCGGGAGGUCACAGAGGUUCAUGAAGAGUCGGACUUUCCAUUGCGACUGACUGAAAUGAGAAUAGCAGCUUUUGCCUUCAGGAUUCUGGCUCAAGAGAUCUAUACAGUGACUGGCACCAGUCUAGAUACUCAGUUGAAGAGCUGUUUAAAAGAUCUGGGUAAGGAUGACUGGUUCAUCUACUGGUCCAAGUUCAUCAAGCAAAGUUUAAUGGCAGAACAAAGUCAGGAAAAGCCUAUCCACGGCAUGUUAGAGAACCCAGUCAUUCUGCUGUUGAAGGCUUGGCGCAGCUUCCUCAUUGUUACCAGCAAAUUUAAGUUACUGGAUGAACUUCAGGUUACAGACAUAAAGAAAGAACAUAUAAUUCAUCAUUUGUUGGAGGGUCUACUUGCUCAGUUUUCCGGUGAGCUGUCAUCAUUAAAUAUGAAGAUUGCCACAAUUUUGGCAGCCCUCUACUUCAUGCUGCUCAGAUCCUGGAUAGGAAGCAUUUCCAAACCAGUGGCCAUCUUGGUGUCUCUUCGUGGUGCAGCUGAACUCACAAACUCCGUCAGUGAAACGCUGAUUCCCUCAGUACAAAUCGGGCUCAUAGGGGCCCUGAAUCUCUUACUGCAAAGGGCCAGAGGGGAGUUAUCUUCUUCCGCCAAGAUACCACCACCAACAGUGGCCACUCUUUUGCCAGUGGUUUGUCCUAUGCUGCCACAUAGCACACGACAGUUGCCAUCCCCUGCUGAGCUUGCAAAGACUAGACAUGAUGAAGAGACGACUGGCAAGGGCAGGUCUGAUAACCUGGCAGAGUCAAAGCUGAUGCUACAGGUAACCUUGUGCAGCCUUUUAACAGAGAUAAUUGAGGCUACAGACCCCCAGCUGUGGCUACCAUCUCUUCAGAAACACUGUGUGCUGGCAGCUUUGCUUGUUUCUUUGGAAGACUACAUGAAGGCUAAACAGAGCAUGCCCUACAUCCACUCAGGUUUACUGCUAUUGACAGCAAUUGCAGAAAAAGAAAAGGGUGCUGCAGUGCUAACAAUGAGUGAUUUCACAGCCCACACUUGCCUGGCAGUUGGCAGUCUGUACAGCAAAGAGGAAAUGUUUGCUACACAUGUCCUGUCAUCCAAGGCUUCUGCAGGAACAUCCGGAAGCAGCAUAAGCUGGUAUGGUCUCUACUGCAUGUCAGUCAAUCUGUACACACUGCUCCUACACAAGCUUGGCUUUUCCUUCCUGGAUGAUGCUCUUAAUUUCCUUGGAGCACACCAGGACAGAAUGCAGCAGUCUCUAGACCUGGCUCAGCAGACCCUGCUGGAACCAGCAAUGAUAGAAGCUGAAUGCACAUGCCUGUUCCUUCACCAAAUGGCACUGUAUCGACGACAGUGGCGACUCCAUCUUCCCCAAGUUAUGGCAAAGCUGCUGAUGUCGCUGCUGAACAUGCUUCAGACCUUUAUCUCACUCCUCAUCCGACCUCGUUAUCUGCAACAUCUACUAGAGCAUGGGAAAGAUGGGGACAAAGGAAGAUACCCUCUUCAGUCAUCACCUUUGCUUCAUCAUCAGACGUCAACAGAAGAUAUAGAACAACCGAGUGCACAGCUUCUACAAACUGAAAACAGCAUGAUGAAGAUUCUGGGCAAGAGCUUUGCAGUAUUAAGGCAUUUUACUCCUGAUUUGUGUUUGGCACUUCUCGAUCAGAGCAUGGACAUGUGUGAAUUUGAGCCACUGGUAGACUUGGGGUUCAGUACUCCAUCAGUUGACCACCAGUCACCACUGACAUUUGGGUCCUUGAUUUCCUGUGUCUCCGCUUGUCUCCGGCAACUCAGUAAGGUUGAUGCUAAGCUGCAUUCACCUCACAAAGUGCUGUCCCCUCAUCGUCGCUUGAGUAGAACUGUGUCCGUGUCGGAGACUCAGACACAGACAUCCAGGAGCCUGUUACUGUUUAUUAUGGAGAACUGCCUGACCCUGACCUUGUCUCAAGCCUGCCGCAACCUGCGGGAACCAGCCUUGCCACAGAGAGAGAAGCAGUUUCUCAAGAGAGAGCUGAGUACAGAACUGAAUUCCUUCCUGGUCAGCCUUGCACGUCAUCUGCGACGAGGAACUCCUGGCUCACCGGGUGACAAGUCUGUUUUUAACAGCCCUCAUGCGGGCAGCGUCAGCACACUAAACACUUCAUCAGCAACCAAUGUUUCUGCUCAGCAGUCUUUGAGCCGGUCCCAGUCUCAGACCUGCUUCUCCUCUAGCAACGACCAGCAGUUCUUCCGACUGGUACAAGAGUUUGUUAAAAAGGUGUUGAGGUGAGAGCGCAACUACAGGGGAAGGCAGAAAGAACAUCAUGGUGCCCAUCCAUCCAAAGAGAAUACUGCUGAUAUGCAAUAAUUCUUUUUUCUUAUGUUGAAAAUACAGCGGCAGUCUCUGUCUUAUCAAAAUACUUAAGGACAUUUUUAAUUAAAGAAAAGGUGUAUGGAAAAUAAGUUUAUGAAAGGGCAAAUUCACACCGAGGAAAACAUUCAGGUGAAAGUGUCCCACUCCUCUUGACACUUGUUUCCAAGGAGAUGAAGGGAAAGUUUUUGUCAUUUUUGGUAUGAUGUGAUCUUUACUUUAAAGUAUCAUGAAGAGGAAACCAGAAAAAGAUUAAAAAAGGAAAGGAUUAAAGGGCAUCUUUGAGUUAGACUAAAUGGGAAAUACAAAUGUACAAGAACAUGUAUCUUUGGUGAAUAAGUUUUUAUUUUUCAUUGACUUUCAUUUUUGACCUCUUCAACUAAAGCCAAGGUUACGAAGGUGAACAAUUGCUACCACAGUCAAAACCUGCAAUUGUAAAAAAGUGCAGACAUGAGAAAAGUGGUGUUUUGUGCGUGUUCCCAUGAGAAAGAGAGAAGCAUACUUGGUUGCAUUGAUGCUAUGUUUAUGUAAGGGGUUAUGUCUGGAAUAGGAACAAUUUAAGAUUUAGCCUUAGCUUAUGAAACAAUUGGGAAUUGCUGUAUGCAAAAUUGAGAUUGUCAUGGAUUUGAAUGCACAUCAUCGUAUUUGAUUUGAUUCUUGCAUCAUCAGGAAAAAUAAAGAAAAAAUGUACUCCUUCAA